UUGUCAUCAACAGCACGAUAAAUAUCCGGGGACUGCUAAAGAAUCGUUUUUUCUUGUUUUGCCGGACUUCUUAGUCGAAUCCCUUUAUUGGUGACAGAGCACAAGAGUUUAUUGCUACCUUUAUGGCGGGCAAGGGUAUUGGUUCAGUGACAAAGGCAGUAGCAGAAUAUCAGUAUCCCUGGCGUGAGAAGUUAGUGAAAUACAAGGAUGAACUUGCUAAGGGAGUAUGGGGAUACUGGAACCUGGGCGCAUGGAAGCCACUGAGUAUCAGUGCUCGACGACGUGCCAGACUGCGAAAGGAAGUGCUCCUUGCUGGGGAAGAUUGGCCCUAUGAUCCUGAAAGAAAGGAGAUGAAGACCAGGAGGAAAGGACACAAAUGUGAUAGGAUAUCUGCCGAGAAGCGGGAAAACACGGCAAAGUUGAUGGAGAAGAUGCCCCAGAUGUUGCAGGAUUACAAGAAGAGAAGGUGGCAGAAGAAGAUGAAGGAAGAAGACAAGGGAAAACUUUGAUUUGGCUCCUCCUCUAAUUUGGGAAGGUUUGUUACAAACUGUCUUUAAGAGAUGGUACAUUAUGUUACACCUGCUUUUGGGCUUACUUGAUGAUUAACUUUUGUUAUGUGUUUCAAUUCAUAAUCACCCCUUCUAAGAAUA